ACUCAGUCACAGUAGCUUGAGCUUUUGAUGCAGGAGAACCACAGACUUUGAAAUAAACCAAAGCUGGGCACACACUAUGGAUACCAAGGACUGCUCAACAACUAGUUCUUCUUCAACCCCAUGCCAAGGCUGCUCUAGGAUUACAAAUUUUAGGAUCAUCUCCUCCAACACCAGCUGCCAACAACUUGAAACCAACAAAUGCCAACCAACUGGCCAUGUUCUGAGAACUUUCCAGUCCCAGGGCUGCCAACCCACUCCUUGCUUUUGCCCUAUGCCCAUCUGCUUAGUAAACAACGUCGAUUGUGGCUGGUGUGGUGAAGGCAUCAACAGCCAUGAGAAAGAGACCAUGCAAAUCCUGAAUGACCGCCUUGCUAACUACCUAGAAAAGGUGCGGAUGCUGGAACAAGAGAACGCGGAACUGGAGUGUAAAAUCCAGGAAGAGUGUAACAAAGAGCUCCCGGUCAUAUGUCCUGAUUACCUGUCCUACUUUUCUACCAUCAAGGAACUCCAGCAGAAGAUCUUGUGUACCAAGGCUGAGAAUUCCAGACUGGUCUCACAAAUUGACAACACCAAACUGGCUGCUGAUGACUUGAGAGCCAAGUAUGAAGCUGAGGUGUCCCUGCGCCAGCUAGUGGAGGCAGAUGCCAACGGCCUACAGCGGAUCCUGAAUGCACUGACCCUGGGCAAAGCUGACCUGGAGGCACGAGUCCAAUCUCUGAAGGAGGAGCUCCUUUGCCUCAAAAGCGACCAUGAAAAGGAAACCAAUUCCUUACAGAGCCAGCUUGGGGACAGACUCAACAUUGAAGUGACUGCUGCCCCCUCUGUUGACCUAAAUCGGGUUCUACAAGAAAUGAGAUGUCAAUAUGAGUCUAUCAUGGAGACAAACCGCAGAGAUGUGGAACAGUGGUUCAACACGCAGAUGGAGGAGCUGAACCAGCAGGUGGAGACCAGCUCUCAACAGCAGCAGUGCUGCCAGAAGGAGAUCAUCGAACUGAGACGAACCAUGAAUGCUCUGGAGGUGGAGCGGCAGGCCCAGCACCGAAUGAGAGACUCGCAGGAGUGCCUGCUGGCGGAGACGGAGGCCCGCUACACAGCCCUGCUGGCCCAGAUGCAGUGUCUGAUCGAUAACCUCGAGGCUCAGCUGGCGGAGAUCCGAUGUGCUCUGGAGAGGCAGAACCAAGAAUACGAGAUUCUGCUGGACGUCAAGUCCCAGCUGGAGUGUGAGAUUGCCACCUACCGCAGCCUGCUGGAGAGCUCAGACAGCAAGCUUUCCUGCAACCCGUGUGCCACUAUAUGUGAGCCUUCAGUUUGCACAAUCAUGGAAUGCACAGCCCCAGUUUACACAUCAUCUUCAGCUCUCCAGGGGAUACCCGAGCCCAGCUGCGCCUACAGAGACCUACCCCGACUACUGGCUAAAAUCUUGACCAUCACCAAGGAGAUUAAGGAUGGGAAAGUCAUUUCUUCUCAUGAGCAUGUGCAGCCUUGCUUCAUCAUCAGAGCUGCCAAAGUCUAACAUCCCAAGGUGAUGAAAGUGGCCCUCAUUCAUGAAAGAGAGGCCAAUUCUUGCUCCUGCCAGAAAGGUUUAAGAAUUCCCCAGUCCCUUCAGGUACUUAAGUUUCUUUCUACUACAGUGGGUCCCCAUUGACAUUCUUCUGCUCCUGUCCCAAGUCUCUGCAGCCAACGUGAUAAAAACUGACAUUCUCUGGAAGCACAUUUCACAUUUAUCUGAGGAACAAGCACUGAUUUGUAAGUGCCCAGGAAGGUGACCUACAUUACUGCCCACAGUGAUGGGCAGGUU